UGAUGGCAUGUAGCGCGAUGCGGUGGCCGCUGGUGCUGGCGCUGCUGGCGGCGGCGCACGCGUUGCCCACGCAGGACCCUGUGCUGUUCGAGGCCGCGUUCCAAGGCCGCUGCGGCUCGGGCAGCCCGUGCGAGCAGCUCUGUCGGGAGCUCCACGACGGCACAUUCGAGUGCGGCUGCGCACCCGGCUUCGUCUUGCACGUAGACGGCUACGGUUGCCUCGAGUUAAACUCAACAAAACCUUCAGAAACCUCAUUAGACACUGAAGAAGAUGUCCUUUACCAAAAAGAUGUGUCCUUCUCCGCCGAGCUAGAAGUUGCCCCGUCCAUUACGAAUAGAGUAAAACCUACACUAAGAUCUAUUGAUAGAACGACGCCGCCUGUAGAAGAUACGAGAAGAAGUAACAAGUAUACAGCAGAGAGGUCGAAAGAAGUUGAUGGGUUAAAGAGUUUGAUAGAAGAUGGGGUUAGUAGGAAUGAUUUGACGAUCAUUGCUGAUGAGAAUAUUAAGAAUGGGUUGUUGGAGGCGAGUCAGAGUGUGACGACGCAAGGCCCGAGUUUGGAGCAAAAAGUUCCGGACGCUACAGUGGCGCCUCCGUGGACAGCGGCGGUGGAAAACUGCAACUGUGCGCCCUGCGAUGGAGCUCGGUGCUCCUGUCCGCUAUCGCCGUCCAAGUGCAAACAAGACACAAAAAUCACGACCCCGCGCUUCUCAGGCCACUCGUGGGUGGCGCUGCGCGCGCUCCGCGGCGCGUACAAGCGCGUGCGGCUGCGGCUGCGCGUGCGGCCCGAGCGCGCGCGCGGAGUGCUGCUGAUCACGGGCGAGCACGACGACCUGUCGGGGGACUACCUGGCGCUGCUGCUGCGGAACGGACACGUCGAGCUCAGGUUCGACUGCGGCAGCGGCGCCGGCGUCCUGCGGUCACCAGAACCAGUCCGCCUCGGCCACUGGAACGUGAUCUCCGUGUACCGCCACCGCUGGGACGCUUGGUUACGGCUGAAUAACGGCAAGCGAGUGCGCGGCCGGUCUAAGGGCCUCUUCUCCCGUAUGACCUUCCGCGAGCCGGUGUGGGUCGGCGGCGCCGGCAACACCACAGGGCUGCAAGGCAAGCUCGGCCUGUCCGACGGUCUGCUCGGCUGCGUGGACUUCCUGAGGAUCAACGGAGACACGUACCGACUCGUCAAGGACGCUGUGGCCACUCUGGAUAUCGCCGAAUGUGCGCCAACCCUCGCCCCGUGGUCGCCAGAGACCACCAGCGAGACCAACCACGCCAUCUACGACAUCAACGACAUCGUCCACUUUGAGGACAACGACCUCGUGAUGCGAGACUCGAACAAGGACCAUAAUCUACUCGACAACUCUUUGGACUUGGAGCCGAAGAAGUGCGAGUGCCAGCACGGGGGCGGGUGUGUGGGGGGCGUGUGUCUGUGCCCGCUGGGGUACGCGGGGGCGCGGUGCGAGAUCACGCUUGACUUGAAGGUGCCACGUUUCAACGGAUCAUCGUACCUGCGGCUGCCGGGGCUUGGCAACUCUGCUCAGUCGUGGCUCGACAUACAGAUAACUCUAAAGCCGUCGAGUGGUGACGGGCUGGUCCUCUACAACUCGGAGCACGCCAGCGGCGAUGGCGACUUCUUCUCCUUGCAUCUGCGGGACUAUUUCGUGGAGUUCGCGUUCGAUCUCGGCUCUGGCAUCGCGCUUGUAAGGUCCGCCUACCCCCUGGCACCGAACAACUGGCACCGAGUAUCAGUGAGCCGUUCUGGACGCCGCGCGUCUUUACGCGUCCGAGCUACAUCACCUCGAGACGUCACCGAUGCCACCAGAUCUGUGACGUCUCACGGCGCAGCGCGGCGGCUCUCGCUAAGACAGCCAAUGCUGCUAGGAGGAGCGCCGCACCCGCUGCCCCCGCGGCUCGCGCUCCACGCCAGCUUCAGUGGCUGCGUGGGUCAGCUGGUAAUAAAUGACGAGGAGCUGUCGGUGGUGGCGUCGGCGCUGGGCGGCGUCAACGUCGACAACUGCGACGACAACAACGCAACAUGCGCAGAAAAACUUUGCAAAGAGACGAUAACACACGUACCCUACCCGAAAAACGUCUCAGAAAAUGAGAUCCACCAUUCAAUAGUAUCUAAGAAAGGCCCCAAAGCAAAGUUCUACAAAAUCAAGCCCAAGAAACAUAUACCACAUCUACACAAAGACAUGAAAAAGAAGAAAUACAUCAAAAAACAUGAUUAUUUGAGAGAAAGGAAUAACGAUGUGGUCACUGGGGAGCCUGCGUAUGACGGACGGACAUACAUGCAAGUGAAAUACUUGGAUGCAAACGAGAUCAACUGGGGGGAUACAAAUACGUAUCCCAGUUUCAGCGGGAAGGAUAGCUUCAUUCACAUUGAUGAUGAAGAAACUAUGAAGAGAUUGCUGAGUUACACACUAGACAUCAACAUCCGGUUCCGGUCGGAGGCGCCGGACGGGCUGCUGGUGUGGUCGGGGCGCGCGGUACGGCCGCCGGGCGACUUCCUGUCGCUCGCCAUCGAGAACUCCGUGCUCGUGCUCAGGUACGACCUGGGCAGCGGUGAGGUGGUCAUCAUCGCAAACCACACGAAGGUGGACGAUGGUCUGUGGCAUCGCGCGCGAGCUACUAGAAACAGACAAGCGGGUGUACUAGAGGUGGACGGCCUGGGCUCAGUAGGGAAAAUAUCGCCCGGCAAGCUUAAACAGCUCAAUACGGAAAACGGACUCUACAUAGGUGGUCUGCCGUCAAUAGAAAUGAAUUCCAUGGGUAAAUACAAGAGCGGCCUCGUCGGCUGCGUCUCCCAAAUAUCGCUGAGCGGCGAUUUCGACAUCCCACUGUCGCUGUCCAAGCUGCCCCACACAAUCACCAACAAUGUCGGCCGAUGCGCGCCAUAACAUUCCCAAUCGCCACCACAAACCAUUCUUUCGUGAGCAGAGUGAGUGAAUGGGUUCUUUGAAACAUUCAUUCAUUAACCCAUUCGUUCAUUUAAUAAAAUUGAAUGGGGUGAAUAGAUUUAUUGUUGGAGUGUAUGUUCAUUCAAAUGUUAAAUGGGUUUGUUUUAUUGUAAAGUGAAAUGGUUCGUGCAAAGAGUAAAUUUUGCAUAAAAAAUACAGUUUAGAAUUCACGAGUUUAAGCACUAAAUGAACUAUUUCACUUCAUGAAUCGAUAGGAUUUAGGUGUAUUUAAUUUUCGCAUACUUUUACCAGAAUACCAAAUUGUAAAUUUAAUUUCUAAACCGUUCAAUGGAUGACCAAUUCACUUAAUAAUAAACUCCGUACAUAUCAAUAUAAAAAUAAAAUUUCGGAGGCAAUAAGAACAAUAUCGAAACUUCAAUUUUUAUAUUAAUUGCCAUUAUCAUAGUGUCAGUUUUGACAUGAGUGGAUAUUUAUGAAUACUAAAUAGUCAAUUUAGAAUAAGUAACUCAAUACUGAUGUACGGAAUAAUGUCCUUCCACGGUAUACUUUCGAAAUAUAACUAUGUUUUUCUAUUUUCUUCAAUUAUAAUUUCCCUGUGAAAAUGGGGUAACUUUUCAAAGUGCUUUACUAUCUAGUAGAUAUUUUAAAAAAAACUAUUUGUAAUGUUAACUAAAUAAAAUUCUAGUCGUACGAGUGGUUUGCACGCAUUAUUUUAGUUCAUUUUUACACAUUUUAUAAAGUUCGGUUCUAGCCAAUCACAAAGAUUUGUUACGAUGUGAGUGUAUUUUAUAAAUAGAUAAAUAAGUAUACAUAGCGUUUGUAUAUCGGAAAAUUUUCAUAUGGGCAUGGUUUUAGAAGAUUGUACGUAGUUCAAGGAGCCAUAGCAUUUGAAAGACGUUGAAUAAAUAGGGAAGUGCUUGAAAUAUUUGUCAUUUUGGGCGCCAUGAUUGCCUGAUGAGGGCUUACCACGAACCAUUACUUUCGUUCAUUCAUUUACCUCUUUAUCGCUCGAAUAUUCAAGAGUCAUAAAGUGGCAGAUAACGAAAUAUUUUCGCGGUAGGCUCUCUACUACUUACAAAUCGUAUUAGCGCCACCUGUCGGCGUAAAGUGACAUUUCCCUGUUGUUUUUUCGAUUGGCAAGUUAGGUUUGUUUCGCGGUACCACUUGCUUUGCUUCCGUUGGCCCCUGUAGCACCGCUAUAGUCCUAGUAUAGAAUAAUAUAUGAGUAGUAUAAAUUUAAAUGCGCUUUAUAACAUCAAAACCUUCGAUUAAAUAUUAUGUUUUGACGCGAGUAAACCAUUAUUCAGAGGAGCUUUGGUGAAUGAAUCCGAAGCAUGAGGUUAAUAAAAAAAUAUAUAACGACUAAAUAAAGAUAAGAUAAACUUCUUAUACACAAUUUGGCUUAUUAGGGUUCCGUACCCAAAGGGUAAAACGGGAUCCUAUUACUAAGACUCUGCUGUCCGUCCGUCCGUCCGUCCGUCCGUCCGUCCGUCCGUCCGUCCGUCCGUCCGUCAGUCUGUCACCAGGCUGUAUCUCACGAACCGUGAUAGCUAGACAGUUGAAAUUUUCACAGAUGAUGUAUUUCUGUUGCCGCUAUAACAACAAAUACUAAAAACAGAAUAAAAUAAAGAUUUAAGUGGGGCUCCCAUACAACAAACGUGAUUUUUGACCAAAGUUAAGCAACGUCGGGCGGGGUCAGUACUUGGAUGGGUGACCGUUUUAUUUUUUUUGCCUUUUUUGCUUUUUUUAUUAUUUGUACGGAACCCUUCGUGCGCGAGUCCUACUCGCACUUGCCCGGUUUUUUGUUAUAUGAUAUGUACCUGCGUUAUGGUUAAAUCGGAAUAUUAUACACGUAAGUUAAUAAGUACCUCUGAUAUAUAUUACCUAUGUGUUAUUCUUUCCUUUACGUUACAUUUAGAUGAAAAAAAAAUACGUACAAUAUCAACAUGUUGGCUUGCGUCAAAACAUAUUAAAAGAGCGAUCUAUUUUUACCCUACGAUACCCUUUGACGGGAUUUUUCCACGAAUAGGUUCAGUCAAUUAUAUAUUUCACAGGGUGUGAAAAAUUAUUUACAAAUACAUAUCUUUAAUUACGGUCUCUUUAUAAUUGUUUUGUAUGACGUUUAUAUGUAUUUUUUUUUAUUUGGUGUUUGACUGCACAAUAAUUUUAUAGCAUAUCUUCGAUGUAAGAAAAACGUGAAUGUUUUACUAGUUGUGUUAAUGAAAACUGUUUUUUUUUAACCAUCGUCUAUUCGCCAUCAUGCACAGAGUUCCAUGUAUUUAUUUCUAGUUUAAAGACAUCCCAAAGAAGUAGUAGCUUUCUUGUACGGCAAAUUUACCGAACUGUACCUAACAAAAUAACGACUGCUUUUACCAAAGUUUUGUACCUGUAUGGAAAUGUAUCGUUAAUUUUAACUAAAACUAUAAAGUAGUCCUACUUGUGACAUAUAGCUUGUUUAGCAUUAGUUUUGUAUGUGAGACCUGUCCGAUGUAUUAUACGCCGUUAUUUGUACAAAAUUAUAUCAAUAAAAUAUAAUAAAAAU